AGGGAUUCACUUUAGACAGUCUGACACUUACAAGCUCUUGCAAGGCUUCUUGUUAAAUCAAGAKAUCGAUAUUUUCAAAAUUGUGGACUCUUCAUCGCAAGUCAGAUAUUGAUCAUAUCGUUAUUUUAAGUUAAUCAGAUUACUUGGACAAAGGAAUUGUGGAGCCACACUGUUGGAACUAAGACCUUGUUCUUCAAAGAAAUCAUUCGUUGCUUCCGACUCGAAGUCUACCAAAGAUAGCCAAAUACAUCUUAAAAACAUUAAAAGUUUAAAAUAAAGGAAACUCCUGCCACAAGAACUUCAGAAAUUGUCAGAUGAAUGACGCUAAAGGCCAUUUGCAUACUGCUAAUGGCACUACGARAUAUUCUUUAAAUACUGAAAGAGUAGCAGAGCCCAUAUCUCGGGAAGAGAUCAACUAGCCAAAGAACAGUCAGGAAAAGAUCAACCCAGAUUUUUGAUUGAAAUAAUCAUUUAUAGGCGAUAUUAGCAACAUUGCUCUCCAAAACAUUGGCCAAUAUGUUCUGCUUUUAGAGAUCUUUUCAUAAGCUGUUAAUCAGAUAGACGCUGAUCAAGUUUUCUCUGCGGAUUAGCUAUAACUAUUAGAUAUCAUUAGCGCAUAUUUAUCAAAAAAAMMCCGGAUCGUUGACGUAGCCCUGCUCAAGUUCUUUGGCUUAUUGGUACCUCUGAUUAGAAAGAGAAUAAUAAGAAAACAUAACUAUUUAAGAAGGUGUAUGUUACGAUGGAUAACAACACUACAGCAGCACAUACGUGCCGUCUAUAUUCUCUUGACGAGAAAACAGCUGCGAUCGUCAAAACUGUCUCUCUGGUGAUCUUAGGUUUGUUGGCAAUUGUCAGUAACAUCCUGAUCCUGGCUGUKCUUGUGAAAAACAGAGAGAUGAGAACUACAACUAAUAUCUUCAUUGCAAAUAUGGCAGUGUCGGACUUGAUGUUUGGAUUGAUGGUUAUUCCCAAAGAAAUCGCUUUGCAACUAUCCAACCACUUAUGGCUUGUGGGUGGAGACUUUGGUUCGUUUUCCUGUAAGUUUGUCAUCUUUGUUCAGGACGUGUCUAAUGCUGUGUCCGUAUUUAGUCAUAUUGCUAUAGCAAUAGAACGCUUUUAUGCUGUAGUAUUUCCGCUUAGAGCUCGGAGGUCUGGGAAAUACCUUCGUAUCGUGGUUGUAGCAGCAACUUGGUUUGUUUCGACCGCCAUCUAUUCUAUCUAUUUCUAUAACUUAAAGAUCGUACCUGUAGGCGAUGGAUACCGCUGUAUCAAAGACUGGGGCGACGCAUUCGGGGACCCUGAUGAGGUGGACAGAAACCAUUACUUAGUGUCCUUCUCAAGUCAGUACGCUUUGCCUGUCAUCAUAAUUGCUAUGUUAUACUGCAUUGUAUUAUACAAACUAAAUUGUCGACAAGUURUUGGCAAUGACUUUACGAUGAGGUCAGCUCGUGAAGCUCUUCAAAACAAGCGUGUUGUKCGACUAGCAAUCUGUAUCGUAUGCACGUUUGUCAUCUUGCAGGCUCCUCUACAUAUUGUUCUCUUUCUCUUCUUCUUCAAAUGGAAAGCGAAUGCACCCUGUGGCUGGCARAACCUGUUUUUUUCAGCGUUCUUCUUGACGUGGUCGAGCUGCUUUACAAAUCCUCUGAUUUAUUUUAUCUUUAGUGAGAAUUACCGCAAUGGUUUAAAGAAUCUUUUGGGGAAUCGCCUUGUAAUCCAUCCUCGGAUCCAUCCACGUCUUCAGGUGGGUGAGACGACGGAAGGAGGUUCGGUAGAGUCACGCACAAGAAGCACUCGCUUGCACAGAAAUGAGAGGUCAAACGAAGAAACAGUCGCUUAAACAAAACUAAUUCCAGUGGCGGAUUCAGGGGGGUUCCAUGGGUUCCUAGGAACCCCCCUCACCAAGUAUAAAAAA